AUGAUUGCUAUGGUCAUCGAGCUUAAAUAUUAUACAUUUAAACAACUUCAUAAAGAUGAAGAGCAAUCGGGGGUAGAAAGAAAACCCGGGAGACAAAAAGCAUGGAUACUUGCUGGCUCCCUCUCUUCUCCCCUUCCUCGAGGCACCACCAGAUCUGACAUCCCACCCGAGCUCGCCUUCGCUGCCGCCGCGCCUCCCAGAUCCCGAUCUCCUCAUGACUCCUCCCAUCCGCUGACGCCACCACCACCGCCACCGCGAUGGCGUCGCGCCCGCCCCUCCGUCUCCUCCUCCACCGACUCCCCCACCUCCGCUGGGCCCCCCGGCGGCGUCCCGCAGUCCUCCUACUCCUGGCUGCCCUGGCCGCCCCCCAACAUCGCUCUCCCCGAAGCAGCUCCCACGCCGCCAUCGCACCCCUGCGAGGUCACCCGCGCCGACUUCGCGCCCUACCUUGCCGCAGUCUCCGACCCCUACGCUCGCUUCGCCGACAUCCGCCUCCACGCCACCGCCGAGCUCGCCGCCUCCUCGGACCCCGAGGGCGCCCCUGCUGCCUCCUCCGGCCUCGCCGCCUGCCUCCGCGAGGUGCCCGCGCUCUUCUUCAAGGACUUCGCGCUCAAGGACGGGCCCACGUUCCAGGCCGCCUGCCCGCUCGACGACGACGGGCUGCAGGAGCGCCUCGGACAGCAUCUCGACGUUGUGGAGGCGCACCUCGUGCGGGAGAUCGCGCUGCGGUCUGAGUCCUUCUACGAGGCGCAGGGCCGGCUGCGGGGGCUCGACGGCGAGAUUGUUACGGCAGUAGGGAGGAUUCGCGAGCUCAGGGAGGUGGUCCGGGUGCUCACGGGGGAUCUUGUUGGGGCAGCAAGGCAGGUGCAGGAGCUCAAUGCCACGCGUGGGAACCUUGUGGAACUGCAGCAGAAGCUUACUGUCAUCCUCUACGUCAGCCAGGCGCUUGCUGCGCUCAAGUUGCUUGUUGCAGCAGCAGAUUGUGCUGGUGCCCUUGAUGUCAUCGAUGAUUUGCAAAAUUUACUAGGUAACAUAGAUGAGGAAGGAAGUUUUACUCUCAGAGAUCGUCUCCUCCCCUUCAUUAUUUGCCUGCUGAGAACGGACAAACUUCCUGCGUUUCUCAGAAUCUACUGGGAUACACUUAUUACUGUUAUGAAAGCUUCAAUCAAGGCCACAGUUGCAGAGUUGCUUCCAGUUUUAACUGCCAGACCAAUAGAUUCUGAUUCAGUAACUGGAGACAGGGCUGCUGAUGCUGAUGCUGGAGGCCAGUCCUUAGCAAAUAAGUUGCGAAGUCUGUCAUCUGAAGGGUUUGUUCAACUUUUGUCCGCCAUUUUUAGGAUAGUACAGACGCUGAGCCUUUGGACGAGUACCAGUACCCGGAGCAGCCACCAUCUUCGGAGCAGUUUGAGCAGCAGGAAAACUUUGAGGAAGCCAAUUCCUGCCGACGCGAGGGAGUUCACCCAAAGCUACCAGGAGUACGAGGACUUCUAGGCGAUCGUCUCCCAG